GUUCAGAAAGAGGCCAUGCAAUGAUUUGACUUCGUGGCCUAAAUAUGGCGGAGUGAAACCAGGAAGAUCCUAGGAAUCAAAGCCUGCCGUUUCGUGAUAUGAUAUUUUGAGAAAUUUUUUAUGAAAGAAGUUUGUUGUUUAAGCAUCGUUUAAAAGCGUUGACGAUGGAACGUGUCACAGAAACGCUGCGAAACAGAAGAAGUGCCGCCAAAGUCAUCAAAGAACUUGAUGCCUUCCCAAAGGUGCCCCAAGAUUAUCAAGAAACUAGUGCCAGUGGUGGGACGGUGUCAGUUGUUGUUUUUCUCUUUAUUGGAACCUUGAUGAUGUCAGAGUUCUUAUACUACAGAGGCACUGAAAUGAAAUACACAUAUGAAGUUGAUAAAGAUGCAGAAAGCAAAAUAACAAUCAAUGUUGACAUAACAGUUGCAAUGAAGUGUGAUGAUAUUGGUGCAGAUGUUCUUGAUCUAUCUGGUACAAGCAUUGAUACAGAUGCUCAUUUGAAAUUAGAAGAGACAUACUUCAGGUUGGGUAAAAACCAACAGAAAUGGAGAGAUCUCGUAUACAGACACCAAUCAGAUGGCUAUAGGACAAUCAAUGAUGUCUUAGACAUAUAUGGAGCAGCUGGUGGUGAAUCUUUGCCAACAUACAUGCCUCCAAGAAAUGACCAAGAAUUUAAAGAUGAGCCUCUAGAUUCUUGUCGAAUAUUUGGAGGUAUCAAUGUCAACAAAGUCGCCGGAAAUUUCCAUAUAACAGCAGGAAAGUCAAUUCCACACCCAAGAGGACACGCACAUUUAAGCGCUUUAGUGUCAGAAGAAACUCAGAAUUUCUCUCACCGUAUCGAUAAAUUGUCAUUUGGAACACCGAUACCUGGUGUAAUUAACCCCUUGGACGGGGAUAUUCAAGUAACUACAAGCAAUAAUGCAAUGUAUCAAUAUUAUAUCAAGAUUGUUCCAACUUACAUCAAAAGCAACCAGAAACGCCUAGCCACAAACCAGUUUUCAGUCACACAGAGGACAAGAGUUGUUGAUCCUUUAUCAGGCAGUCGAGGCGUUCCAGGCAUAUAUUUCAAAUAUGAUUUAUCAUCAAUCAUGGUGAGCGUGACCGAAGAGGGGCGGCCAUUUUGGCAAUUUCUUGUUAGACUGUGUGGAAUUAUAGGCGGAAUUUUUGCAACAUCAGGAAUGCUUCACUCAUUUGUUGGGUUUUUGUUCGAGAUGACUGGCAAACAAGUUUCAUCAUCAAAUAGGCAUCAGGUAUCACUGUCUUAUGAAAGUGACCCAAAUGUUGAGAUUCAGAAAAAAGCACCACAAAAUACUACCAUAGCUUCAACGUCCUUGCCAAAUGUUGAUAUCAAAGGGAACAGCCAAAUGGAAGAGGUCAGCUUGAUGGAGCCUCGAGAUAUCCUUGAAAAUGAGCAGGCCUAGUCUGCUUCUACCGUGCAGUCCAACACCAAGGCUUUGAAGAAGACUAGAGACUUGUUGUAAUCGACGAGAUCUUUAAACCAUAUGGUAUGCCCAGAAGCAUAGUUAUUCCAUGCAAAUACUUUUGAAUGAAGGCAUUCAACAUUGGAGACAAUUUUCAAAUCAAAGAUAUUAAUGAUGUUUAUAGAUCGAUGUAUUUAUUCAUAUAGGAAGUUGUUCGCAGUUCAUCAAAGUUUGGCUUGUUUUUGUCCUUGGGAGAUGGGUACACUUCAAAAAAUAUUUUUGAAUAAAAA